UCACCAGUAGGCGCCAUAUCGCUUCCGCUGAAGCAUAAUUUUUUUUAAGUAGCUGUCAGGUUGUGAAGACAGACUCUCCAGAAAUGCUCGCCAAAUUAAUAGGACAGAAAUAUCUCUCCAUUGGAAAGGCGUGGGUUCCCACGCUGGCUGCAUGGGGAGGUGUUGGAGGCAUUGCAGUCAUCCACUUUACAGACUGGCGAUUGAUCCUGGAUUAUGUGCCCUACAUCAAUGGCAAGUUCAAGACAGACUAGGGGUGUGUGAACUUUUGGGUUCAACGCUCUACUGCUGAGUGAAAGAUCAAGACGCACUUCCCAACCUGGAGAUAACUGAAGAUUCAUAGCCACAGCUCUGCUGCAUGUAAUGGGCUCAUCACUAUCUUUCUUCUGCUUAACAGUGCUAAUGGAUAUAUGAUUUACUUUUGAGACAGUCUGUUUCUGUUGUUGUUUCACAUUACUUUGGUUGUAAAUGUAAAAUUAUGUGAUUAUUAUUAUUAUUAUUAUAAUAAUAUGAAUUCUGACCUAACACAAAUUACAACCUCAAACAACUUACUACAUAAUGGAUUGUUUUUCUUCCUCCAGAGGUAUUUCCCUGAAUAAACAAUCUGUGUGAUUGAUUACAA